AAAUAACCUAACUUUAUUUUAUAAUUCCUUUCCUUGUUAUUAAUGUAAUUGUAUUUUGUUAAAAUGAAUACAUUAUUAAAAUGCGUACAGAAUUUUAGAUUCAAUGUAUUUAAACAAACAAAACAUCUAUCUAUAUACCCAGCUUUAAGAGUAAAAGAAAUUCAAGAAAAGGAAACCAACAACGAAUUAGUAAUAUCGGGAAAAAUAUUGGAAUCAGGAAGAGAGCCCUAUCUUCUUAAGAAUGAACAUCCUGAAGCGUGCCCCGUUUGCGCCUCUGGCCUGCAGAUAAAGCAUACCGAUGUGCUUAUAUUAAGCCAGUUUAUGAGAUCUACUGGUGGAAUGUUACCCAGAAGAAUUACAGGUUUGUGCAGAAGAUCACAGAAAUAUAUUUCCAGCCUCGUUAUAAUGGCCAACAAAGCGGGUCUAAUGCCGCAUCUUAAACCUGCGAAUAGCCACAAGGAUCCCAAAAUGAGAAGAGGGUGGAAGAAAUACAAUAAAUAUUUCUAUGAAAGCACUAUUAAGAUAAAAUAAAAUAAUAUGUUGUAUAGUU